AUGCCCCGCUCACCGUCACCCUCGGCGCACCACCACUCGAGCAAGCGGCGCCGGUACGAUUCAGACGACGCCUCCCCUCGCUCAGCACACAGCGGGAGCGGCACAGGUCGCUCGAGCAGACACCACCGCGAGCGGGAGGACGAGUACGACGAGCACCGCGGCAGCAGGCGCGGAGACCGGGACAGGGACUACGAGAGGCGGAGGGACCGAGAUGGAGGCUCUGACGGGCGAAGGAGGGACAGGGACAGGGACCGCGACUACGAGAGGGACAGCAAGCAUCGCUCGUCACGGGCGUAUGACGACUCGCCUCGUUCGGAUCGGGGGAGCAGCAGGCGAGGAGGAGGAGGAGGAGAUGACUAUGCCCGGUCACCGCGCGACGAGCGCCGGCGGAGUAGCAGGCGCUACGAGGAUGACGACGACCGCCACUACAGUCGAAGCAGCCGGUCGCACAGGGACGAGCGGUCGCUUCGGCGGGAAGACGGGUAUCGCUCUCGCUCGCCUGAACGCACUCGCACCGACCGCCGCGCCAUGUCGCCUGUCAUCACUACCCCUACCGCUGCUUCUCCAGUACCACCGGCACUGAACGGCGACCGGACGCCCAUCGGAGCAAGCGGCUCUGCCUCGCCAGCCGCGUCGUCUUCCACCGCCGCGGCAGACGAGGAGAAGCAGCGGUUGAAGCGCGAGCGACUCGAGGCAUGGAAGAAGAAGAAGGCUGCCGAGGCUGCUGCAGCGGCUUCAGCGUCAGGAAGCGGAGGGGCGAGUCCUGCGCCGACGCCGGCUGCCGCCUCGCCCAAGCCGGAGGAACCGAAGAAGGCGGAGCCCAUCAAGGCUGCUCCUGCUUCUCCUGCGCCUACGUCACCUGUCCCGGUGAAGGCUGGUCCUGCGGGAUUGCCUGCCAAGCCGGUCGCAGCCAUGGCCGCCGCCCUUCCUACAAAGCCGAUCUCGCUCUCGAAGCCCAUCUCCACCGCCAAGCCCGCCGCACCCGCCGCCACUCCUGCCGACGCAACCGCCGCCGCGGCCGCCGCAGCAGCCGCCAUCUCCUCCCGCCUCUCUACCCUCACCUCCGUCCGCUCGAACCCCCUCUCCGCCUCUCUCCCCGCUAAACCGACUUUCUCCCUCGCCCGCUCGACCGCCCUCCGUUCGAGCGGGCUGAAGAACUCGCUCUCGAUGGCGAUGGGCGGGGACGACGAAGACGAUGGUCGGAAGAAGCCUGGGAUGAUCAAGAUCGAGGGGGACAUUGAUAUGGCGGCAGCAGGAGCGGGGAGCGACGAUGAGGACGACGAGGAGGAUUUGGAGGGCGGCGCGGCGUAUAGGGCGAAUGCGCAUGGGAUGAGGGAGGCGAGGAUGGCGGCGUUGAGGAAUCAGGAGGGCGCGGAUAGGGAGGAGAAGAUGCAGCUUGAUUCGGCUGAUGCACCUGCGAGCGCCGUCAAGGAGGACGACGACUCGAAGAUGGAUGUCGACGCUCCGGCGGGUACGAACGGAGCAGCCGAGGAAGAAGAAGACGAGGAAGAUGAGCUCGAGGCGUACAUGAAGAGCGUGCAGAAGCAGGUGCGGAAUGUCGACAAGGAGGAUCAGGCCAAGAUGGCGCAGGGUCGGAAGGGUCAGGUCUUGCUGGAACCGACAGAGCCGGGCGAGGAUGAGAACCAAGAUGGGGGCGACGAGAACGAGUUGGACAAGGUUGGGACGUCGGCGCAGGACAUCCUUGCCCUCGCAGCGAAAAAGGUCAAGAAGGGCCGCGAGCUCGCCGUUCCCGACCACUCGAAGAUCGACUAUCUCCCCUUCCGCAAAGCCUUCUACACCGCGCCUCCCGAAGUCGCCAACCUCUCGCAGGAAGAGACGGACGCGCUCCGGCUCGAGCUCGACGACAUCAAGGUUCGCGGUGCGGAGCCUCCCAAGCCUGCGACUAAGUGGAGCUACUUUGGAUUGCCGGCGGCUUGCAUCGACGUCAUCAAGGGUCUUGAAUACGCCGCGCCUACGUCCAUCCAGGCGCAAGCGAUUCCGUCCAUCAUGUCCGGCCGCGACAUCAUCGGUGUCGCCAAGACAGGUUCCGGCAAGACGAUGGCCUUCAUCCUCCCCAUGUUCCGGCACAUCAAGGACCAGCCGCCUCUGCGACCGCUCGACGGGCCGAUUGCCAUGAUCAUGACGCCGACGCGCGAGUUGGCGACCCAGAUCUACAAGGAGUGCAAGCCGUUCUUGAAAGCGCUCGGUCUCAGGGCCUCAUGUGCGUACGGCGGCAUGCCCCUCAAGGACAACAUUGCCGACAUGAAGCGCGGAUCCGAAGUCAUCGUCUGCACGCCUGGCCGGAUGAUCGAGCUCCUGACAACCAACUCGGGCCGAUUGAUCAACCUUCAGCGGGUGACGUAUCUCGUCCUCGACGAGGCAGACCGCAUGUUCGAUAUGGGCUUCGAGCCGCAGGUCAUGAAGAUCAUCGGCCAGAUCCGACCAGACCGCCAGACCGUUCUCUUCUCCGCCACAUUCCCGCGACAGAUGGAGGCGCUCGCUCGCAAGGUCCUCCGGCGUCCGCUCGAGAUCACGGUUGGCGGCCGCUCCGUCGUCGCCGACACGAUCACCCAAGUUGUCGAGGUUCGCGGCGAAGAAACUCGCUUCAACCGCAUGCUCGAGCUGCUCGGCAAGCUCUUCAACGACGAGGAGGACGCACGAGCGCUCAUCUUCGUCGAGCGGCAGGAAACUGCCGACAAGCUGUUCGUCGAGCUCAAGAACAAGAACUACACGUGCAUGCCGCUGCACGGCGGACGUGAGCAGGUCGACCGGGACCAGACGAUUGUCGACUUCAAGAACGGCAGCUGCCCCAUCGUCAUCGCCACGUCUGUCGCCGCCCGCGGUCUCGACGUCAAGCAGCUCAAGCUCGUUAUCCAGUACGACCCGCCUAACCACAUGGAGGAUUACGUUCAUCGUGCUGGACGGACGGGACGAGCGGGAAACACCGGCACUUGCGUCACGUUCAUCACGCCCGAGCAGGAGCGGUACUCGCUUGACAUCCUCAAGGCUCUCCAGGCCUCGAACGCCCCUGUCCCGCCCGAGCUCGAAGAGAUGGCCAAGUCGUUCGCCGAAAAGGUCAAGGCGGGCAAGGCGCAAGCUGCGGGUUCUGGCUUCGGCGGUAAGGGUCUCGAGCGACUCGACACCGAGCGAGACGCCGCCUCUCGCGCCGAACGAGCUGCGUACGGCGAAACGGCCAAGGACGAGAAGAAGGAGGAGGGCGAGCAGACCGAGGCGGAGAAGACGGCUCAGAACGUCGCCGACUUGCAGGUCGAGGUCAUGCGCGGACCGGCGCCCAACCUCGAGAAGGGCAAGAGCAUGCCGACUGCCACGUCGGUCGUGUCCACGCCGACCGACAAGAAGGCGGCGGACGAGGCGGCCAAGAAGGCCGAGCAGGAAGCGCUCGCUGCUGGCAAAUCCGCCGGGGCCGUCGGCGCGGCCAGCGUCAUCGCCAAGUUCAACGCGAUGCUCAAGGCGAGGAAACAGUCUGCGCAGUCGGACGAUAACUCGACUGAGGCAGCUCGUCGCCGCGACCCGGAUGCGACCGACUUCCACGCCAUCAUCUGGAUCAACGACUACCCGCAGAAGGCGAGGUGGAAGGUCACGAACAAGGACACGAUGGUUCACCUCGUCGAGGCGACUGGCGCGUCCAUCACGGCCAAGGGUACCUUCUACGAGGCCGGCAAGGAGCCGGGACCAAAUGACCUGCCCAAGCUGCACUUGCUCAUAGAGUCGAACGAGGAGUUCAGGGUCCAGCAUGCCAUCCAGGAGGUCAAGAAGGCGCUCGUCGAGGGUGCGACGAUGGCUCUCGAGGCCGAGCAGCGGCAACUCGCUGGCGGAGGAGGCGGAGCCGCGAUGGGUCGCUACCAGGUUGUUUAA